UAAGAAACUUUAGCUAAAAAAUACACAAAUUUAAAAUAAUUUGACAACCAAAAACUACACUCUUAGAAAUCCAGUAUUAAAAUAAUACCAAGCGGUAUUCAUACACUCUCAAAAAUGUAGCGUACUUCUCGAAAAGUAAAAAUGAAUGUAACCCUAAACCGAGAAUAAGAAGGUAUUUUAAGAGUAAGUUCAGUUGCUCUAAAUCUAGUAAGCGAUCCUUCUAACUCUGAAAAAACCAUACUUGGCAAUAACUUAAAAAUGAGUCCACAUCUACCCCCAUUAAAGUUAGGAGAACUUCAUUGCGAGUAAGCCUACCGCAAUUCACCCGCCCUUCUUGAUUUGCACUUUGGACUUUAUUAGUCUAUUCCAGAUUUACACAUUUCCCUCAUUUAUUCCGGAAUUUACAUUCCUAUUUUUAAAAUUCCAAAAUGUGUGAUGCGGAGAUUCAAAGAUUGUUAACUCAACUUAAUCUUGGAAAAUACUGUCAGUUGUUUAAAGACAACAAUCUAACCGACGAUUCUUUACAACACCUUCAAAAAGAUGACCUCAUCCACGUCGUUCCAGUCCUUGGUGAUCGGAUUCUGAUAUGGAAUGGAAUAAAUAAGUUGCAGUCUGGUUCGGUAUAUGUUUGUUUUGUUUGUGAAAAGAGAUUUAAACUUUUAAAAUUGUAUUCUGAUCACUUAAAAAAUGAUCAUAAAUUACUGGGAGCCGAUUCACAUAGGUGUGUUCAUUGUGGUGGCUUAUAUCAAAGAAAGCCAUACAUCAGCCAUUUAAAAAAUGCUUUCAAGUUCCAUAAGUUGCUAUUGAGUGAAAAUUUUCUCCCUGAAAAUUACGAGGAAAGAAAUCCACCAAUUGAAAAUAUGAAAGUAGUUCACGCAGAUUUUCUUGACCGAAGUUUCACAAAAGAUUGCGACAAUGAUAUUAACAAAGAACUUCGUGAAUUAAUUUUCAAAUUGAUUGCAGGAAUUUUGCGUUCAGGAAAGGUCCCAAUGAGCACAAAAGACGAGAUUUUAACUUUAAUUAAGGAGUUUACCGUAAUGAUCUUAGGAGAGGCUGUUUGCAGAUCCAUUAUAAUAUUAAAAAGUAACGAAACAUUAAGUGAAAAGUUAUUUAAGCUUGAACAAAUUAAAAACUUAGCUCACGUGUUCUCUUCGUUUGAUAGUAAACACAAGUUAGACAAGCUUUUAAUUGACGGAAAUUUGUUUAUUCCUGCUCGAGAAAUAGUUUUGGACACAGAUUUACAUUUUCCAUUAAAAAUUGGGAACCAGCGACAAGUUUACAGACCAAUUAAGCUUCAAUAUGUUUCAAUACGUGACUCAAUUUUCCAAUUAUUACAGAAACCAGGCUUUUACGACAUACUUGACAAACAACAGUCAUAUUCAGGGAGAAAAUUUUCAUCAUUUCGAGAUGGAAAGUUUUUUCGCGAUUCCAACUUUCCAUCUCAGGUAAUUUUUAUAAAUAUAUACUUUGACGAGGCUGAGGUUGCUAAUCCUUUGGGGUCCAAAAAUGGGAAACAUAAGUUGGCAAACUUUUACUAUUCAAUCCAAGAUAUGCCUUGUCAUUAUAAUAGUUCAAUUGAAAACAUAAUAUUGCUCUGUUCCCUUAAAAGUGAGGAUUUAAAGAUAUUAUCUCCAAACUCGGUUAUGAAUAUCAUUGUCAAAGAGCUUUUAUUUCUUUGGGAAACUGGGAUAAAUUUCAAUCACAAUGGCAAAACUAUUAAUAUCAAAGUUGCAUUGUCCCAAAUAUCGGGUGACAAUUUAGGAUUGCACACCAUAUUAGGUUUUUCCGAGGGAUUUAAUGCCAAUUAUCCAUGCAGGCGUUGUAAAAUGCAUAAGCAUGAUUGUCAAACCGCUGUGACCGAAAACCCCGGAGUAUUGCGAUCAAUUGAGACUUAUAAUCAGGAUGUUGAAUUUAGAAAUCUUUCUGCUACUGGUAUAAAUUUUGAAUCCGUGAUAAAUUCACUUCCAUAUCACCACGUAACGAAAGUGUUCGUGUUCGAUAUUAUGCACGACCUACUGGAAGGGGUAGUUCCUGAUUUACUCAAUUUAAUGAUCAGUUUAGGAAUUAAAAACAAGCGUUUCAAUUUGGAUAAGCUGAAUUAUCGAAUUGAAUCCUUUGAUUAUGGACGGCACUUCCGUAGAAGUAAACCGUCUCAAAUUAAAGCCUCAGUGCUAAAGGGUGACACAAAGUCAGGACAAAAUGCUUCUCAAAAUUUGUGUUUGCUCGUCUCUUUACCGUUAAUACUUGGCGAUUUAAUGCCACACGAUGAUCCUGUAUGGAAACUAUUUUUGCUAUUACGAGAAAUUUGUGACAUAAUUCUUUCGCACAUUAUUACGAAGGGUGGCCUUAUUUACUUGGACUCUCUUAUUUCUGAAUUCUGUUGUAAUUAUCAAGAAUUAUUCAAACGAAAACUGAAACCUAAACAUCAUCAUCUUCUUCAUUAUUCAGGUUCAAUUGUUCAAAUCGGUUCUCUAAGGCAGUACUGGAGCAUGACUUACGAAGCUCGACACAAAGUAUUCAAAACUACAGCGCAUACGGUGUGCAAUUUUAAGAAUAUACCCAAAACAUUGGCUUAUAGGCAUCAGCUUGGGCGAUGUUUUUCUUUAAUCUCAAAAAAUGUAUUUUCACCGUGCACAUUCGUAGUCCCUAAAUACGAAUUUAUUCAGUUGAAUGACUUUGUGCAUGCUGAGCUUGUGGCUGAUCAUUUCCAUUUCCAAGAAAAUCCUAUAAUCAAAAUAUCAAAUCUUGUUGAAUCCAAUAAUUCUGAAUUUAGAGUAGGAGGUUUUGUAAUAUUGAAAUAUUGCACGCUUUUCCCAGAGUUCGGGAAAAUUGAAGGAAUUUUAUUAGAGGACGACGAUUGUACUUUCAUAGUAACCGAAUUUUCUAGCAAGCUUGUGACACAUUUGUCAGCCUACCAAAUUUGUAAGUCGAAUAAAAUUCGAUUAGUAGAUCUGCAUGCAAUUAAGCAUUACCAGCCCUUAUACACAAUGCAUUCGUUUUUUGACAAUGAUGUCAACGAAUAUAUUAGUGUUCCAUUUAAAUUAGUUUGAGUAAUUCAAUUUAUUUUUAUUACCAAGGUCUGACGUAAAUGAAUACCGAACUAAUCCACUAAAUUAACAUAAGUUUUAAGUACUUUGAUAUAAUAUAAUAAUUUAUUUUGUGACAAGCGCGUCGAAGACGACAAUUAAAGUUUGUUCACUUCCUCAUUGAUAAGCAACCGAGAACUUCUUGAACGAGGACUAAGAUUACCAACCGACAUUCUGCUAUCCAAAAGGGCAGAAUUAUCCUCCCCAUCAUCUUCUAUUACUCAUCAGCAACUACCUUCAAGUCAAACGAUUUUUCUUGAAGUAAUCAGAGAGAACGAACCGUUAAGCCAAAAUUCCACUGCAUCAACUUCAGAUUCCAUAAAAUUGGCCACCACUUCUGGUUCCUCAUUCACAAGACCAGUGGAAUCCAGCCCGGUUAUAAAUACUAAAUUAAAUAUUUUAAGUACAUUGUUCUCUUCCAUAUUUUUUGUGUGCUCAAUACGAUUAUCUGGCUUCGUCAAUUUCAGAGCGCUCCCAUACAUGAACAUCGAUUUUAUAAUUUCGUAAGUCU